GGGUGUUUAUCAUGCGUUAGUGCUGCUAUCAUAUUGGUUCACGCACGGUGCGCGACCGGGCACGAUGGCCCCCAAACUCAUCGUCCCGAACACUCCCGAAGCGGACAAGCUAGAGAACCGACUGCAUGUUCAGCUCAAGGAGCUAUGGGAUCCUCAGGCGGACGCAACAGUGGCCCGUUACUUAGUGGCGAUGCUCGGGAAAGGUUAUGAGCGCAAGAAGAUUCAUUCGCAGCUGAAGGCCAUUCUACAGGAGGAUAUCAGCACGCAGCUGCUUGACUGGCUGUACCAUCACCUUCGGUUGCACGGGAAUGAGUACCAGAGCAAGGAGGCCCCCGCCAGCUCAAAGGCAGCGAUGAAAACUGCGCCCGCCGCGGCAAAGAGCUCCGCUCCUCAGGUGGACGAACUGCGGCUGGAAGACCUGGAGGCUCAGCAGCUGGAGGGGUCGGACCUGGAUGACGACGACGACGCAGAGCUUGCCGCCGAGCCCGCGCCUGCUCCUGCACCUGCGCCCAGCAAAGCUGCCGGCAGCUCACAGCAGGCAGCGCCUUCUCAGCAGCAGCAGCAGCAGCAGCAGCAGCAGCAGGGCGGGGCGGACAAGCGGCACCAGCAGGACCAGCCGGUGAAGGGUGCGGACGCGGCGACAGGGUUUGGCAGCGGCAACGGCUCGCAGGCAGCACGCGCCGCACCGGAGCCAGCAUCGGAGCCUGUGCCUUCGGGCCGGCGGCACCGGGAGCCCAUCCCCGUGCCCACCUUCGCAGCCUCGGCCCCGCGCGCGGGGACCUCCGGCGGCGGUGCGGCGGCGACCAGCCCGCCCGCUGAUGGCGCAAAUGGCGCUCGGCCAGCUGCUGCCGCCGCCGCGCAGCCGUCUGCUCAGCAGCAGCCAGCGGCGGCAGCUGCGCCGACCGGCGAGAAGCGGCGUCUCAAGUCGUCAGUGGUCCUGGACUUUGACUCAUGGCAGAAGACGAAGCCGGCAGACGAGAAGGCGCCCGCGGGGGCGGUAGAUGCUAACGACAAGCGGGCAAUGCUGCUGGGUCGCUCCCUGUCAGACAUCGCGCGACAGAGCAAGGAGGGCGGCGACAGGGGAGCUGACAGGGGAGCAGACCGCGAGCGCGAGCGGGAACGCGAGCGGGAACGUGAGCGCGAACGGGAGCGUGGUGCAGGCGGCAAGGAGCGGGAGCGCGAGCGGGAGACAGGGCGGGACUCGGCGGGGCCCCCGGACCGGGAUCAACAGCGGGAGCGGGAACGCGGCGAGCGCGGCGAGCGCGUCAGGGAAUGGGACCGCGCCCGCGGCCGCUCAAGAUCGCGCUCGCGGUCGCCGGCGGGAAGGCGCGGCGCGCGCGGUGCGGGCGCACCGGUGGCGCCUGCCAACCUGUUGAAGACGGCCCUCCGUGGCGUGGAGGCGCCUGGUGCGGGCGGGGGCGGAGCGACGGGAGCUGGGCCGAGCGCGGCUCCUGCAGGCGGGCAGCGGGGUGGCGGCGGCGGCGGCGGACCGUCAGCAGCGGACGCGAACGCGAGGUCCAGCGUCUUCGCGCGCCUGGGGGCCAGCAGCGGCGGCGCGGCUGCGGAGGAGGCGCGCGGGCGUGUUUCAGUGCUGGAGCGCUUGGGCGGUGCCAAGGGUCAGAGCCCGGAGGCGGCGGGGUCAGGCGGGCGCAAGCGCGGGCUGGAUGGCGGCGGCGACCCCAACGCCGGUGUCCUAGGCUCGCCGCCCAAGGCCGCACGCGCCGUCGUUGGCGGCCGGGCAGCUGGGCCAGGCUCGCUAGCCGCCGCAGCGCUGGCAGGCGUGCAGCAGAACGCGGUUGGUGCCCGGCGUCAGCGCUCUCCUAGCCCGGCAGCGGCGGUGCCCAGUGCCGGCGGCGCAGCUGGCCGCGGCAUCUCGGCGGGGGCGGGCCGAGGCCGGGGCGCCAGUGCCAGCGAGGAGCCGUCGGAUACUGAUGAGAAGGCGGCGGAGAUUGAGGCGCUGCGACAGCAGAUGGCGGCCAUGCAGGAGAUGAUCAAACGCAUGGCGGGCGGGCAGAGUGGCGCGGCGCCGGCCGCGGCUGCACCGGCCGCGGCACCGCCGGCAGCUGGCAGCAGCGGCCGGGGCCCGCUGGCGGGUCGGCUGGGGCCGGCGGCAGGCGGCGGGGCCGGCGGCGCCGGUGGGGGUCGCGGCAUGCCGAGUGUCAUGGUGCCGCCAGUGGACAUGUCGGACGUCUUCAUUGAGGGAGGCUCGGGCUCGCCGCCGCGGACAAGCGGGUCAGGCGGCCCAGGCGGCGGCGGGGGGCUGCCUGCGGCGGCGCAGCGGCAGCAGCAGCUCGCGGCGGCGGCGCAGCUGGAUGCGGAGAUGCGCAGUGUGGUGGUGGAGAACGUGCACUUCCUGGCCACCCUCGACGUCAUUGCGGCCCACUUCAGUGUGGCUGGCCCUGUCAAGAACGUGACCCUUGUGCGCGACGCCGCGGGCCGGCCUACGGGCGUGGCAGUGGUGGAGAUGGCGACCGAGGCUGCCACGCAGGCGGUGGCGGCGCUGAGCGGCUCCCCGCUCAUGGGGCUGCCCAUCACCAUCACGCUCAAAGCGGCACUGCUGCUGCAGGGCAUCGGCGCGCUGGGCGCAGGCAUGGGCACAGGUGGCCCCAUGGGGCAGCGGCCGAUGGGCGGCGGCGGCAUGGGCAUGCGGCCGCCCGGCGGCAUGGGGAUGGGCAUGGGCAUGGGGAUGGGUGGCGGGCCGAUGGGGCCCCUAUCGGGGCCCAAGGGCGGCGCGCCGAUGCGGAUGGUGCCGGGCGGGCCAGCGCCGGGUGCGCGGCCGGCAGCGGCUGGAGGGGCUGGAGCGGGUCCGUCUACUGCGGCGGCGGCAGGGCCGGGCGUGCAGGCCGCUAGCCGCCUGAACGCGGCGGCGACGCCGUUCACGCCGGCUGCCGCAGGGGCGGGCGGUGCGGGCGGGGGGCCAGGUGCGGCUGCGGGCGCGGCACCGGGUCCGGGUCCGGGGGCUCAGGCGGCAGGCGCGGGGUCGGGCUCUGCCGCUGCCACUGGGGCCUCUGCUUCCGCGGGACCAACGCCAGCGGGGCUAGCAGGCGCAGCGGCUGUGCGGCCGGCCUGGGCGGGACCCGGCGGUCGCGGACCUGGGCCGCGGUCGCAGUUUGUCAACCGGUCAAAUGUGUGGGUCAGGCCUGGGGCGCCGGCGGCGGCUGCGCUCGCGGGAUCGGGAGGUGCGGCUGCUACGCCAGCUGCUGUGGCCAGUGGUGACGGCCAGUGAUAGCUGUUUGCGGUUGACGUGUGGGGCUAUGGCGGUGUGUGUGUGUGUGCGGUUGGCAGGAAGCGCAGUCAGCCGGGCCAAGUGCUGCACGGUCAGGUGCACGAGCGUUCAAAUGGGUAGCUGGCUGGCGCUGACGAGGCCUUGAGAGAGGGAGUGCUGUUUCCUCGGGCAAAGGGAUCGUACAACGGUACGUAAUCAUGUGUCAGCGCCGCGGCUUCAGUCUGUUGCCGCAUCUCAAUCCAGGACUCGGACACGCCGUGUCAAGGGUCGGCGCCACCCAGCACCCACACACCGAGUCACAGAUUUCAGGCUACCGGUAAUCGGGGCAGUGCGGCUGCAAUGAGUCUCGUCCAAUCAUGGAAUCAGCGCUGCGCAUGUCGCAAGAUGCUGAGGCUCGCGGCGCAGCAUUGACGACGUCCGUAUGCAGGCUGUAGUGUGAGUUGGGGAGUUGGGCUUAUAGCACUCAGGUGCCUUAACAUAAGCUGUAGGGUGUAGAGACUGUAGACGAGUUUGCGAUUACUGGUUGGGACGCUGCGGAAGGUAGAGUGGUGGAGUGGUGCAGGUGUGUUGAAGCGCUUGGUAUUCGCUACCCCUCGCCACCAUGAGCCUUCUGAUGCGCUUGGCCCACGCGGGUACCACUCCGGCAAGUCCCUAGGGACUGCAUGUGUCCAAUGCCCUAGACUGCCGAAAUGUUAUCAUGUGACAUAUAAUAAGGUCCCUGAAUGAUUUCCGGGCAUAAUUUCGAGCGGGAGCCGAAGUCGAAAUGCUAAAUGUCGCGCUCGCCAGGACUUACUGGAAUUCGCCCUACGCUGUCCGGAUGACAUAUAUAGGUGAACCUUAGUAGACGGCACUAGAUACAGGCCCAAAGUACCGCCUAUGCGAGAUAUGGGCUUUGGUCAAUUUCGCGACUUGAGCCCUGACCAACAUGUUUUGUCCUCUGCCAAGCGCUAAUGUCCACUAAUGAUGUAAGUUAUGUACCUA